AUGCCGAGCUGGGUCCAUCAGAGACGGGGUGAUACGGGCAAUAUCGCUACCCCCAGAAGUUCGUCGGCCAUGUCCACCACCCCAGUGAUACCGGGCUUAGCAGCUCGCAUACGGGGCCAGCAUGGAGGGAACACGGCGCCCAUCGUCCGUUCAGAGAAGGGGCAAUUGCCUAUGCUACACGUACCCCAUACAUUCCAAAAUACCUUUGUUGCGGUUGUGGGAGAGUUUGUCGGAACUUUCAUGUUCCUCUUCUUCGCAUUUGCUGGUGGCCAAGUCUCCAAUACCCCCAAGCCGGCUGAAGGUGCGCCACCAAAUACCUCGAAUCUACUCUAUCUGUCUCUGGCCUCGGGUUUUCUCUCCUUUGGUAUGUUCCUGCGCGAGGCCAGCGUCACUCUGGCUCUCUGUCUCUGCGGAGGCAUGCAUCCCGUUCGCGGCAUCCUCGUUUUUGCUUCUCAAAUCGUGGCGGGGAUUGCAUCAGCCGGUGUAGUCAGUUGCUUGUUCCCAGGAGCUCUGAGCGUUCAGACCAGGCUGGGCGGUGGCACCUCAAUCUCCCAGGGCCUUUUUAUUGAAAUGUUCCUGACGGCACACCUCGUCUUUGUCGUGAUUAUGUUGGCGGUAGUGAAACAAAAGUCCACAUUUCUUGCGCCCGUCGGAAUUGGCCUGGUCCUCUUCGUGAACCAAUUAGUCGGGACCUACUAUACCGGCUGUGCGCUUAACCCCGCCCGUGCCCUUGGCCCGGACGUGAUCAACCGCAGCUUCCCAGGAUAUCACUGGAUCUACUGGGUAGGACCACUCCUCGGGUCCCUCCUUGCCUGUGGAUUCUAUGGCUUUCUCAGCAUGUUCCAUUACGAGACCGUGAACCCAGGCCAGGAUUUUAAUCAGUGGGAGGCGGCUGCGGGCCCCGGCCCGUGGCACGAAGAAGUGGCCUGGCACGCCGCCGGUGGGCCCAACCCAUCACGCUUACCAAGCCAUCAGCCAGCCCACCAUCCAGACAGUACGGCGAACACGGAUAACAGCAGUGGACCGGCCGAUAAAGAAUAUAGUAACGAACAAGUGUGA